AUGGGCGACAAUCCCGCUGAAGUGGAAGCGGCCAAAGAACAAAAGAAGAAGGACCGAGGAGCUCGGGAAUCUAAAACAAUCACAGUAGAAACCUACGCCAGUGUCCUCACAGGUCCCAACACUGAUUCAGGUAUCCUGCCCACUAGCUCCCGGCGCUCUCCACCUGAAAGUACCAGUAUUUCUGAAGAUGAUGACACCAUAAGCUUCUUUUGUGGAAAUCCUCUUGUAGAAGUUACAAAAGGUGUAAUUCAUCUUUACAAAGAGAAUGAAAUGAAAGAAAGUGCAGAUGCUAAGACCUUAUGCCUGCUAUCAGUUCCUGGUGCCCUAGGAGCUACAGAUCUACUGGCAUUUGCAGCUGCAUGUCAGCAAGAUAUUGCCCAUGUGAGAGUGCUGCGGGAUGGCUCCCCUGAUCACUACAUGGCUCUAUUCACAUUCCGCACCUAUCAAGCUGCGCGUGAGUUCCAUGAAACCUUUGAUGGAGUUCCCUAUAGUAGUUUGGAACCCAAUGCGCUUUGUCACAUGGCUUGGGUAUCACGCGUAGAAUGGGCUCGAGAUGGAACACCUCCUCCUUCACACACUGAGUUACCAACAUGCCCCGUCUGUCUUGAGCGUAUGGAUGAAAGUGUAGCCGGAGUGCUAAGCGUACAAUGCGCUCAUGCUUUCCAUUCUGAGUGCCUUGUGAGAUGGAGGGAUGCAAGAUGCCCAGUGUGCAGGUGUGCACAAACUCCGGAACCGAGAGGUGGUAACACUUGUUUCCAGUGUGAGCGGGCUACUGUUGCAGAGGAAGACGGUGAUGAAACCAGAGAAAACAUCAGUGGUGUUGUCGAAGGCCUUCUCGACGGUGUAGAGGCUGGUACUCUAUGGAUAUGUUUGAUAUGUGGACAUGUUGGUUGUGGCAGAUAUGAGGGUGGGCACGCAGCAAAACAUUUCUUGGCAUCAAACCACACGUAUGCAUUGCAGCUGGGAUCCAACCGAGUAUGGGACUACGCCGGUGACAAUUUCGUCCAUCGCUUAGUUCAAAAUAAGGCGGACGGUAAACUGGUAGCUGCGGAGGGAGGGCUCGCGUCCGAGGAGGCGUGCGGUGGGGAGAAGCUAGACUCUGCACAGCUAGAGUUCACCUACAUCCUGACACAACAACUUGACAGUCAGCGCAUGUUUUACGAGCAGAGGAUGAGCAAGUUAGUGUAG